AUGUCAAAAGUCACUGUUUCGGGUUCAGAGAUCCUAGAAGGGUCCACCAAGACCGUCAGACGUUCAGGAAACGUUGCUUCUUUCAAGCAACAGAAAACUGCCAUCGAUACGUUUGGUAAUGUUUUCAAAGUGCCAGAUUACACCAUCAAAGAUAUCCUAGACGCCAUUCCAAAACACUGCUAUGAAAGAUCUUUGGUCAAGUCGAUGUCCUACGUCGUCAGGGAUAUUGUUGCUAUUUCUGCUAUUGCCUACGUGGGCCUAACUUACAUCCCUCUGCUGCCAAACGAGUUUCUUCGUUUUGCUGCUUGGAGUGCGUAUGUGUUCAGUAUUUCUUGUUUUGGAUUCGGAAUUUGGAUUCUUGGACACGAAUGCGGUCACUCUGCCUUCAGCAACUAUGGCUGGGUUAACGACACGGUCGGCUGGGUUCUUCAUUCCCUGGUAAUGGUUCCAUAUUUUUCUUGGAAGUUCUCCCAUGCCAAGCACCACAAGGCAACAGGUCAUAUGACCAGAGACAUGGUCUUUGUUCCAUACACCGCUGAGGAGUUCAAGGAAAAACACCAAGUUACUAGUCUGCACGAUAUUGCAGAGGAAACUCCUAUUUAUUCAGUUUUUGCCCUUUUGUUUCAACAGCUCGGAGGACUCAGUUUGUAUCUUGCCACGAAUGCUACUGGUCAACCGUAUCCCGGGGUGUCCAAGUUCUUCAAAAGUCAUUACUGGCCAUCCUCUCCUGUUUUUGAUAAGAAGGACUAUUGGUACAUUGUUCUGAGUGACCUGGGAAUCUUGGCAACCCUGACUAGUGUUUACACUGCUUACAAAGUGUUCGGAUUUUGGCCCACAUUCAUUACUUGGUUUUGCCCUUGGAUUUUGGUCAACCACUGGCUGGUAUUUGUCACCUUCCUACAACACACAGACUCGUCCAUGCCUCACUACGAUGCCCAAGAAUGGACUUUCGCCAAAGGUGCCGCCGCCACAAUUGAUAGAGAAUUUGGUAUCUUAGGAAUUAUAUUUCACGACAUUAUCGAAACUCACGUUUUGCACCACUAUGUUAGUAGAAUUCCAUUCUACCAUGCUAGAGAGGCUACUGAGUGCAUUAAGAAGGUUAUGGGCGAACAUUACCGUCACACUGACGAGAACAUGUGGGUCAGUCUCUGGAAGACCUGGAGGUCGUGCCAGUUUGUUGAGAACCAUGAUGGUGUGUACAUGUUCAGAAACUGCAACAAUGUUGGUGUUAAACCUAAGGAUACCUAA